AUGGUUCUCGCAGUAGAUCUCCUGAAUCCGACGCCGCAGUCUGAAGCUCGCAAGCACAAACUCAAGUCAAACAAGUCCAUUAUCCUUCGCUCUAUCGACGAACCUUCGUUGAGCACACAGUACACCUCUCAUACGACGACAACAACGGUCGCCCGCUUCUCCCCUUCUGGCUAUUACGUUGCGUCAGGCGAUGAGUCGGGCACGGUCCGUGUUUGGGAUUGCACAGGCAAUGGCAUCACCAAGGGUGAAUAUCCAAUCAUCAGCGGCCCAAUAAACGACAUUGCUUGGGAUGGCGAUAGUCAGAGACUUAUUGCAGUAGGGCGGGGAAAGGAAAAAUUUGGGCAUUGCAUAACAGCCGACUCUGGUAACACUGUAGGCGAAAUCAAGGGGCACUCAGAUCAGAUCAAUUGUGUGAGCAUAAGGCAGCAGAGACCGCUGCGAGCUGCCACAGGAGGCGAUGAUUCCACGCUCGUUUUCUACCAUGGAGCACCAUUCAAGUUCAACACCAGUCUCAAAAGACAUCAACGGUAUAUAUACGGGCUUGCAUUCAGUCCAGAUGGUAGUACUCUCGUGAGUGUGGGCGCAGACCGGAAGAUAUUUCUCUAUGAUGGCAAAACAGGAGAGGCGAAGGGAGAGAUUGGGGAUGGCGAACACAAGGGUAGCAUUUACGGCGUAUCAUGGUCUCGUGAUUCCAAACGAUUCACAACCUGUAGUGCCGAUCAAACAGUGAAGGUCUGGGACGUUGAGACUGGAAAGGCCGCUCACUCCUGGCGCUUGGGCUCAGACGAGGGAGUAGUCAGCAUUCCCGACCAUCAAGUCGGCGUUGUAUGGCCCCCUGCACGCUCAGACGAUUUGAUCAUAUCACUCUCCCUUUCUGGCGAUUUGAACUACCUCUCAGCCUCUUCACCAAACCCCAUUCGCGUAGUCCAAGGCCAGCAGAAGAAUAUAACCGCACUCACUACCUCGUCAUCUUCAUCAGACUCCUCACCAACCCUUUUCACUGGUAGCACAGAUGGACGGAUAUAUUCCUAUCCUACCAAAACGGGGGCUGGCUCAAGCAUUGACGGCACUGGACAUUCAAAUUACGUGUCCGGCCUCACCUCCGUCCCAGGAAAGAUAUUCAGCUGUGGCUGGGAUGAUUCGCAGCGCAGUAUUGACAUAUCCUCAAAUACUUUCACGGGCUCGCACCAAAAGACAGACGGUCAAGCGCGUUCCAUCGCAGCAACAUCCAAAGGCAUCAUUGUCGCGACCCACAAGGGCAUCACCGCCUUCUCUCAGUCUGACGACAGCGUCCUCAAGCAAGUCUCAACCCCAUCACUCUCGCCAACUAUUGUAGCAGCAAAUGAUACUCAUACAGCCGUUGCCUCAGAUGACAACGUCCUUCGGAUAUACUCCUCGACAGAUUUGCAGCUGAAACACACUCUACCGGCAUUCCCGUCCGCCAUCUCAUCGCUCUCUUUCUCCAGCCCAGCAGCAACAAACCAAGAUCACCCUUACCUAGCUGUCGGCUUCUCAUCCGGCAAGAUCCUUGUCUUCACUCCUACAGACAACUUCUCUGAAGCCGUUAUUACGCGGUGGUCAUCCCAUACAGGCCGAGUGACCAGCAUAGCCUGGGACGAAGGUGCGAGACGUGCUGUCAGUGGCGGCUUGGAUACGAAUAUCUUUGUCUGGAGUGUGCAGAAGCCCGGUGGUAGAGUCAGUGUAGGUAGUGCACAUAAAGAGGGUGUGAAUGGCGUGGUGUGGAUCAAUGACUCGACGGUGAAGAGCGUUGGCGUUGAUGGGUGUGUGAAGGGGUGGACGGUUGAAGGUGUUGUGUAG